AUGGAAAUUCUACAGAUGAUUCAGGAAUUGACAGUAUCUGUUCACCAACAGGUGAUGGUGGUUCAGAAGCCGCCAAAUCUCGAGAUUAUGCCGAAAUCAAGAUCGUUUCUGCACAAUACCUACGCUGACGGUCUUGAUUCAGCAGUUUGGAAAAGAGAUCUAAAUAUCACAGUGUCUUCUGAUCUUUCUAGAUGUGUUCUCUGUAUUGUAGGUUCCUUGACUAGGAGUAAAGAGAAUCUAGUGGAUUGUGUAGAACUAACCUCAGUGCGUACCCGGGACUGUGUCUCCCCACCGAUACCGCUCUACUCGGCGGUCAAUAAAUCCACCAAAAAGAAGAAACCUGAAGAGAAGACGACAAAAACAGUUUCACAGGUGACCCUUGAGGGGCUUGCUGGCGGUGAGAUCACUGUAAAGGAAUUGAAAGAGUUGAGUAGUAUUCUGGUUUCUACAAAUACCGCUCUACAACGCAACUCAAAUCUUAGAGCAAGUUUGACGAUAAGCGUUAAAAAGCCCGGGAAAACUGUUAAAUUUACAACACCUAAAACUGCGCGAAAAAAUAAGGGUCCGAGCUAUGUACCAACAAAAUGUCCUCCUCUGGCUCCUAGCCCUCUUCUAGGAAGAGUAGCGGCUUCAGCCCUCGGUUCAGGGUCUGCCCUGCCCACCUCACCCCUCGCCCUCCCUCCCUCCCUCGUUCUUCUUUCCUCACCUAGAAACCAGGGGAAAGGAAGCCCUCAUGCUAAACGAAGAUUUGCGGUUAAUCCACCAGUAAAACAGAUUUCUCCUUUGGUCAAACCAGUUCCUGAUGUUCUAACAGAAUCAAGUGAAGAAGAAGAAGAAGAAGAAGAAAUAGAAGUUGAGGAAGAAGAAGAUCAAGGAGAUAAAGAAGAGGAGAAAAUGGAAGAUGAAAAUGAAGAUCAUUUUGAUAAAGAUGAAUCCCGGAAUGAAAAGCCAAAAGAGAAAUUAAGAAAAGUCAAUAUAGACGCAGAACAUGUUAUGACAAACAAAAAGGGCAAUGACCGGUGUGAAGAUACCACAAACCAUUCCCGCGUAGAGUCUAGAAACCAGGUUUCCGUAGAGACUGGAAAAUCUGGCAACUUUGAUGUUGAGAAAUCCACGAAACUGAAUCCUGAACCGUUCGUCCGAAGCUACAGAACCAACAGAAGUUCAAGGGGGGUUCCUGCCAAUAGGACUGUAACCUCGAAGUCUGGAAAUAGCUCCGAUAAAACUUCUAAUCCUCUAAACCUGGAAACAAAAUCCACAAAUAAAAGUUUUCCUGAAGUUCGACCGAGUUCACAAGUUUUGAAGAAUACUGAAUCUGUUUUGUUGAAUGACUCUAAGAACGGGAACAAGGUGAAAAAAGAUUUAUCUAAAAAUUCCUAUGUUGAAUUAGACAAGAGUGAAGCUAAAAGUGAAUUGACAAGUCGUCUUUAUAAAAGUGAAACAGGAAACCAUAGUGUUCGUGAGAGACAACUUCUACUCUUGCAGAAAACAGGAGGAAUCAAUAACAAUGACAUCAGAUUUACAACUACCCACCAAGUGAAUAAAAAGGAACAAGGACCAAGAACCAAGUCCGAAGAACCCAGGGUUUUAGAAGAAACUAGGAACAAUUCUAAGGUAUCAGAAGGAACGAGGAACACGACAGAGGAACCCAAGACAGCAGAGGGAACAGGGAACAAGACAACAAGGAACCAAAAGACAAUUCCUAAAUCAGAUUCUGUAAAGGAGGUCCGUGAGGUCCUACAGGGUCAGAGGGCAAACCAUGGUUCUCCUAACACUGCAGUUUUGCGGAAUACGAGUGGAAGAAGUGAAACUGUAUCUGUGACAGCUGUGACAGCUGGUCCUAGUUCUAAGAACCCUCCUGCUGAGACGAAAACUAGAAGUUCACAAAUCCACGAAAAUGAGAAAACGCGCGGACAUUUUGUAUCCUCCUCACACACUGAGUCUGCUCUACAUCAACAAGAAAAGGAAUCUGAAUAUUGGAACUGCAGAAAACUCCAUUACUCAAAAGAUAGCCUACUGGACCCUGACUACAUAGAUAUAGGAGAUAUAGAUGAAUCAAAUACGAUCAGUGAGGCGAUUAACAACUAUUCUGAGUUGGUUAAAGCAGUUCCUGCUCUUAUACUUGAAGAUCUCGAUUCUACAAGUUUAUGUGAAGAAGAAUAUGAACCAAUCUCACAUCAAGGACAUGAAAUUUCUUCCCCACCCAAUUCAAGAUACGCAGAGGAAGGAAGUGACGUAUACUCUGACUAUAGUAUGACAGCAAGCAGUCGAGGAGAAAAGUGUGGAUUUGGAAACGGAUCAGCACGAAGUUCUAUACUGGAAAGAGGAAGUCAAGUUUCUGAUAGAUCUGACGAGUGGAUAGAUAUAGAUACAGAUGAUGAUUACGAUACAAGACGGUUUAGCAGACCCCAGCUCAGUUUUGUCAGGGCGAGCAUACGAGCAAGUAAAAGAAGGGGGAGUGGAGGAGGUGCAGCAGAGGUGGCUCAAGAGUGGAAUAGAGCUGUAAGAGACCUUUCACGACCUGUAAACCACAAGGAUAAUGAGUAUUCAGACGACGACCUCUACGAAUCUAUUUACGAGGUUAUACGGCCUCGAAUUAAUGACAGAGAUCCUGAGGUUACUUCGACAGAUAAAUCUGUCCAUUUCAACCUUGAUUCCAACUCAAAUAUUGAGAAAUCAAAUCCUAAUCUUCCAUCAUCCCCGGCCGUUCAGAUCACCGGGGCGAAGACCAACAACUCGGUGCACCUGAUGAAGCUUGCCGAGGCGGCGAACAAGAAGAUGAAAAAGAUGAAGAAUGAGCUCAAUCUAACCACGGGGGAAAUAACAAGAAGUCUAUUGAGAAUGAACAAGAAAAAUGGACACAAUGUGGACAAUUCCACUGUACCAGGAAACCGACGGAAAGCUACAAGAAAGCCUGCAAUCAACAAGCUGGGACCUGAUUCUGAUAAGAUGUUCUAUAUAACCCUGACAAUAGAGGAGGAUGGAGGGGAGGAGAGUCCACUGAAUAUAGUGAUAUAG